AUGUCCACUGCUCCUUCCCCCGCGAUGCUGCGCGCCAUUGGCGCUAUUCUCGCUGCGGGGAACGAUCCAGAGGCCAUCCAGCGGGUCUAUGACGAGCACCGGGCUGACCUCCGCUUAGUCAUGUCUGGCGCCGCUGGUGAAAUCCUCCAGGCCGAUGUCCUUGCCGCCAUCGCGUUGACCGCCCCCACCAAUCGUCCAUCCGACACGCCAGCACCGCCACCCAGGGUUGCCCCUGCCGCACCCUCACCUCUCCCUCCUCCUGCGCCAUCCGGCCCCGCGAUCGAGGGCGAUCGGGGUGCGGAUUCGGUCGCGCCAGUGCGAGCCAGCGCACCAGUCGCGCGGCCGUCGCCAGCGUCUUCCGCGCCGGCCACUACGCGCCCGCAAGCUGCGCUGCCUGCCGCUGUGCCCGCGCCGUCUCCGGCGCCUUCCCCACCACCCACAACAUCGCCACGAGCCUCUCGAUUGUCAAAGUUCCGCUCGCAGCGCGCUGCCUCGCGCGCCCGCGCCUCCCCGGAAGCACCUACCCCUAGCACCGCCGAUGAAGAUGUCGACAUGGAGCCGGAGGACCCUCCGCCUGCCACGAAAGCCAAGCGCGGGAAGGGGAAGGCUCGUGCUGCGGCCCCGCCGUCGCCGCCGCCGCCGUCGCCCCCCAAAAAUCGGGCGGCGCGCACAUCAGCACGCCCUGUCCGAAAGUCCACGCGCCGUAACACCAAGGGGGCCGCAUCCAGCCGAGCUCAAGGGGAGGACGAUGACGAGAAGAGCACGGGGAACGCCAGCGGUGAUGAGGCUGCCACCGUUGUGAUUCACGCCUCCGGGAAGAAAGCCAAGUCCCGCGCCCAUCCCGAAAAGGUGAAGGGCAGCGAGGAGUUGCCCACGGCGCGCGCAGCGAUCAACGACCCGCCCUGCGACAAGUGCAGAAGAAACGGGUUCCAGUGUCUCAAACGCACCGACACUCCCAACGCGACCCGGGCCUGCCAAAGGUGCAACUCCACGAAGGCAAAGUGUAGCCUUGCGACCAACGCCAGUGCUUCACGUGCCUCGCCCGCCGCGAGUAUCGCAUCGGCAGGUGACGGUAGCGAAUCACCUCCACCUCGGCCGCUACCCCGCCCCGCUUCCUUCAAUCCGACACUCUUGGCUACGCUGCCCGUCGCCAUGACCAGCCUGGCUACAAGCCUGGAGCAGAUCAACGGUCACUUGAGCGGGCUAGGGUACAUUACGCGCCUUCUGGAGCAAGCGAACGCGCGGAUGUCGCUCUUGGACGCGCGGCUGCCGCCCCUCUCCCACGUUUCGUCUGCCUUGCGCCCCCCCGCUCCUCACCAAGCCCCCUCCCGCAUCGACUCGCGCACCCCGUCAGCCCGGUCCCGUGAUGACUCCCCGUCGUCGCAGGAUUCGCGGAAGCGCAGGCGCAUGGGCACGGAGACCUCGGCGCCCGCCGCUGGCUCUGCAGGCCGCCCCUCUCCCGCGCCACCGCGCGCUGGCAGCUCCGCGCGGGCCUCGUCGCAGACGUCGGCGGCCCCAGGCGGGUCCGACACCGGACGUCCGGUGGUCCCGACGUUCCGCGGUAGCUCGGCGGUCGCCGCCGCGCGCCCGCAGGCUCAUGCCGCGACGCCGCGUCGUCGCGAGACGCCCGGCGCCCAGGCUGAAGCACCAUCGGCUGUGUCGGACGUGCCGGAGGACGCAGCGGCAGGAGGUGGCGAGGAGGGUGGCACAGCCAUGGACGUCGACAAGGCAGUUCAGGAGUAG